AGGAGAAGAAGGGGGAGGAGGAGGAGCUGAGGAGGAGGAGCUGAGGAGGAGGAGUCAUGGACGAAGAUAAAAAACAGACGGCAGAGCAGAGACGUGCAAACAGAAAGAGACCAGCAGUGAUCUGAAGAGGAAGAAACAUAAGAGUAACUCUGAAAGACUGAAAGAAGAAAAUAAAACGAAGACGGAGAGAAGACGAUGUGAAGCUGAUGAGGAGAAAAGAACAUUUACUCCAAACAUAGUUCACAGGUGCAUCAUGGGAGAACCGUGAGUCUGGGAAGAUCCUGAAUGUUGUCUGGUUCAGGCAUGAGGGCCAGGGUACCCCAGGGCCGCAGCUCUACAGGGGGGGCAGGAGGGCUGCUACAGGGCCCCCUGGUGGUGGUGGUGGUGAUGAUGAUGAUGAUGAUGAUGAUGGUGGUGGUGGUGGUGGGGGAGGUGGACAGAGAAGACAGCCCAGAGAUGAUGGACGAGGACGAGGCCGUCAGCACCGAGCUCCUGGAGUCCUCCGACGUGUCCCCAGUGUCUCCUCUCAGCUCCUGGUUGAUCUUCAGGAGAAACUCCAACAAAGGAGACAACAGGAGGAGCAAAGGUUCCAGGAGGAGCUCCAAGCAUGGUCUUCCAGGACCCCCCGGACCUCCAGGACCCCAGGGGCCUCCAGGUCCACCGGCGCCCCCCCUGCCCCAACAGCAGGAGCUGAUUGAGGAGCUACAACUGAAACUGAGAGACAUGGCUGGUAGAGUGUGUCUACUGUGUGAUCAUCCUCCUCGUGUCUCCACCUCCUUCCUUGGUCGUCUCCUGCAGGACGUCACCAUCCCACGACGAAGCCUCCUGGAGCUGCAGCCAUUCAGCAAGCCCUCUGACUCAGAGCGGAGCCUCCAAAGAGGUCAGAGCUUCAACAGCAGCACCGGCCGAUUCACAGCAGCUGUCUCUGGGUUCUACCAGCUCACUGCCAGUCUGCUCAUAGAGUCUGGAGACAGAGUCCAGGUCCGGGUCAGAGACAGCGUCAGAGCGGCCAUCUGCAUCGAGUCCCUGUGUCAGAGUAACCUCUCCGUGGAGUCAGUGGUGGGCGUGGCUGCAGCAGGAGGGACAUUCAGCAUCCUACUGACAGGAACACUAUACCUACAGGCCGGUGAGUACGUCUCUGUGUUUGUGGACAACGGCACCGGAUCAGCCGUCAGCGUCCUGCCAGACUCCCUGUUCUCUGGGAUACUACUGGGGGUCUGAACACACCUGGCUGAGGACGCACCUGCACCAGAGGGAGUCCACCAAUGUCUCUGAGACAGAACCCUGGGGGACAUUCAGGACUCAGUCAGCUGAUGAUUCUCCAGAGACUGAGACGUGAGGGUCUGAAUGUUCAUAUUUAUUCUGACGAUAAAUCUUCAACAAUAAACUACGAGCUGAGUCCCAUCA